AUGGAUAGUGAAACUAGUACUAGACCCGGUGUCGACUUGCUGGAGCGCAUGCUGAUUGACGAAACUGCAGAGCCAACAUCUGUGUCAUUAUCACUUUUAGAAAGCAUAACAAACUGUUUCUGUGAUGAUCAGCGGAUUGGCAGUGGUGGGUUUGCGGUGGUUUAUAAGGGGAUAGUGGGAAAAGGGAUGAUCGCUGUGAAGAAGUUGACCAAAUAUGAUUUGCCUGAGAAAAAGUUUCUUAGAGAGGUUAAGUGCUUGAUGAAGGCCAAGCACAAAAAUGUAGUGCGGUUUUUAGGAUAUUGUUAUGACUUUGCAGAUGCAUCCUGUGGACUUGAAUGGAAGAAGCGAUAUGAGAUAAUUAAAGGAAUAUGUGAGGGCUUACUUCAUCUCCACGACAAACGCAUUCUUCAUUUAGAUCUAAAGCCUGGUAAUAUAUUGGUAGAUGAACACAUGGUACCUAAAAUUGCUGAUUUCGGUCUAUCAGUGUGCCUCCGCGAAGAUCAAAACUGGGCUUCUACUUUAAACCUAUAUGGAUCUUUAGGAUAUUUACCACCAGAAUUUUUCCGAGGACAACCAGGAUUUGCGUCAGACAUAUACAGUCUUGGCGUUAUCAUUGUCGAGAUGGUCACGGGACAGAAAGGCUAUCCAGAAGAUGAGAAUGUAGUUGAGAAUUGGAGGAAUCGGUUGGAGGGAUCAGAUCAAAGGGACACACAGUUGGAACAAGUAAUAGUAUGCACUAAGAUAGGAAUGGAGUGCAUGGACUCGGACCCAAAGAAGAGACCGGCUGCAAGUCAUAUAGUCGAUACACUAGACAAAACGUCAAGAACCGUUGAAACUGGAAUCAGUAAUUCAUCAUUUGAACAGCAAGUUAGUUUCCAAAAUGAUCAACACUGUCAAGGGGAAAGUGCAAAGCUUUCACCUGAAUACCUUGGAAAGGACAUUAAAGAAAGCGCUGAAACAGAAGAACUUGGGGAAUAUGUUGGGACACUUAGGGAAGAUCAUUGGCAACAAGGUAAAGAAGAUGCUCUUGGUGAUCAAUGGUCAUUAUGGAAAGCCCAAUAUGCAAAGCAAAAUGGCAUCCCUCAAGGUGCAAACAUUUCUAGCUCUAACUCUGGUUUGUUAUACAAGCUGAACAAUUUGGGCAUCUUCAACACAAAAGCACACAAGAAUUACAUAAAAAAUGGAGGGCCUAUGUUGGAGAACGUGUCACGUUUGAAACUUUUCAAAAAGGAGGAGCUCAAGCCAAUUUUGAAGUGUUCGAAUUUAAUUGGAAAAGGUGACUUUGGAGAAGUUUACAAGGGUUUGGUUUAUAAUGUACCAAUUGUAGUAAGGAAGCCAUAUAGUCGUGGGGUGCUUGCGAUUCGUAUUUUUACAAAUGAAGUCGUCAUCCAAUCUCUGGCCCAUCACAAAAACAUUGUUAGGCUCAUAGGUUGUUGCCUUGAAGUUGACGACCCGAUGCUAGUCUAUGAGUUUUACUCCAAAGAUAGCCUCCAUGACAUUCUUCACGGCCACAACGCGGUGCCUCUCAACUUGAGCACGCGUUUAAGUAUUGCUGCAGUAUCAGCAGCUGCUCUAGCUUAUAUGCAUACAGAGGGCCAUACAAUAAUGUUACACGGUGAUUUGAAACCAGAAUAUAUACUCUUAGAUGGCAACUUUGAGCCAAAGAUCUCAAACUGUGGCAUAUCGAGGAUGUUUCUAAAAGAAGAGCUAACAGGUACAAGAAGUAUUUCAGCAGCUUUCAAUGUCAGUGGCUGUAUGGAUCCGAUAUACCUAGAAACACGCCUGCAGACCAAACAAAGUGAUGUCUACAGUUUUGGAGUUGUCAUCUUAGAGCUUCUUACUAGAAAGGAGUCCAAAGCUUUUAAUAUUCAUAGUAUAACAAGGAAGUUCCUUGAGAAUCACAAGCAGGGGAGGAAAGCAACUGAGCUGUUUGAUAAGGAAAUUGCAGUAACUAGAGAUUUGGAGCUUCUUGACGAUCUGGCAAAAAUUGUUAUGGAGUGUAUGAACCCUGAUGUGGAGCAAAGACCGACAAUGGUAGAUGUUGCAAAGCGCCUCUCCAUACUGAGUAAAUCCCGUGAGUUGGCGCUUCUGCAAGCUAGUUGA